AUGGUUCCACCACCAGUUUAUUAUUAUUUUCAUUCAAACUUUGUUAGUUCAAUUGAAGAUCUCGUUAUUAAUACGUACUUUUCAGUUGAAACAUUCUAUGAUGUACUUGGUGUAAUGGAUAAACUUCGUACUUUAUCCAUUGAUUUGCUGACUGAUUCAAAUGACUGGUAUGAAGCACCAUCCAAUCUUAUCCUUCCGUCGUUUGAAAAUCUAAAAAAUUUGUAUUAA